GGGGAUGCUGCGCGCCUCAGAAGAACUAUUCCCAUCGUUUGCGCAGACUGAGUUCACCCAGCCUGUCUGCGCAGGCGAUGAGAGGGGCGGUGGAAAGAGUGUUUGAUGCGCUCGUACAGUCUUCUAAAAGGGGCGGGAAUAUACAAACAGUCCCGCAUGUAUAAAACUCUUGGAGACACAUGAAGUGCUGUGGAGUUUGGACAUUAUGCGUGAGAGACUGCCAGAGAAGACCAUGCGGAACAUGCUCUCACUGCUCACAGUUGUGCCUGUUUAUCUCGCGGUUUGGGGAGGAAUCACUGCAGAUGCUCAAGUUGGACCUGUGUUACGGAACUCCAUCCGGCAUCUGCCCGCAGCAUCCAGUCCGAGUGACGCAGUGAGCGCGAGCCCGCGCGUGACCGGCGCCGCAGACAGCCACGCUCCGGCGUCGCCGCACUGCGCCGCUGAUGAUGAGUGCAGGCUCGGUGAGUUCUGUAACGGCUCUCGCGGAGUUUGUCUCUCGUGCCGCAAGCGGAGGAAGCGCUGCGCUCGUGAUGACAUGUGCUGCGCUGGAAACCGAUGCAUCAAUGGUGUGUGUCAACCUGCAGAUGCUGUCGGCACGGUAGAUGCCGCUCAACCGGCUGACAACACUGAUGAGCCUAGUGUGACUGUAACACGUGGGCAGAACUUAACACAUCCUAAAAGAACUCCCAGCCUAUCGAAAGCACAGCAGCCACUCAAAGGUGGCGAGGGAGAGACAUGUCUCAGGUCAUUGGACUGUUUGAAAGGGCUCUGCUGCGCCCGACACUUCUGGUCACGAAUCUGUAAGCCCGUGCUGACGGAGGGGCAGGUGUGUACACGUCACCGGCGGAAAGGAGCUCACAGUCUGGAGAUCUUCCAGCGCUGCGACUGCGGCUCCGGCCUGACCUGCCGAGGCCAGAGAGAGAAACCCGGAGCAGAAAGCCGAAACCUCCACACCUGCCAACAGCGCUGACCCCGCAAAACUGCUCUGUGCUCCACACACACCACAUGCACACAUGCAGACACACAUGCAGUGGCGGAAAAGGAAAACUGAUUCCAAGGAAGGAUGUGCCAAUAAAAGGACUGAUCGUAUCAUAACGAUAACAUAACAGAUAAACUGCACCGUAGGGAUGUUUUUUUUAUUGUACAUUCUGCUAUUUAAGACUUUAUUCCCUGGGUCAUCACAAAAGGCAGAUUGCUUUUGUUUCCCUUUAUAAGGAACUUCUUAUUGUUCUUGCAGUAAAUUACUGUAUUGUAAAUACGUAGUCAGAAAUUGCACUUAACACUGAGCAUAUGGAUCCUGUAAAAGUAGCAUUUUAUGAUUCAACACAUCAAUAUUGCAAACAUGCAAGCCAUGUGAUUUAGAUGGUUAUCAGUACUCUAUUUUUAAUUCAAGCAAACUGUAAAGAUAUUUGUGUGAUUAAAAUAUAUAAAUGAUAUGAUAAUAACAAUUAAUGGACUUUUUACGAUUUGUACUGCCACAACGGCAAUCGAAAGAAACCACUUAGGAAGGUUUUUAUAGUCAAAUGACAUGCACUGUUUGCUUUAUUCAGCGGGUUAUGCUUCCAGCAUCAUGUAGAACUUUGCAUUGAGAAAAAAUAUAUUAUGUGUAGCAAAGUUGCUUUGGAUAAAAACGUUUGCCAAAAUAAUAAAUCUAAACGGUAA